UAUGAGAAGUAGGAAUAGAAAAUCAAUAUUGUGAUUAAACAGUAGACUAUUUUAAAUUUUCAUCCUCAUUCGCAAGCAGUUUCAAUUGAUAACAAUAUGAGUGCGACGCUGGUCAGCAUCGCAGAGGAGGACUUCUUCGGCACCGUAAUACGCUACGGAUUGUACGUCGGUGCUCUGUUCCAAAUGGUAUGCCUGGCUGCGUGCAUUGUACUCCCUGACGGAAGCUCCGAUGGGUUAAAUGGCCCGAAGGCAAACGACAGCGAAGACUCAAGUUCAGAGCAUUCGUCGCCGCAAAAUACUCCCAGACGUCCUUACCACCGAAGCCGCAAGCAGGAUAAGAAAAAGAGGCGUUAAGUAUUACGUUGAAGCCAGACAAAACUCACUUUCAGCUCCAUACAUAUAACCAUAGAGGCAGUGAUCUUCAAAUUAUGUCAGCAAAUUGAAAUAAUUCACUUCAUAUAUAGUAUACUUUGAAACAAAUGAAACAGGUUAAGCUUUAACUUUAGUUCAAUAAUAGAUUUUAUCAAAUAUGUUUCAACAAUACAUAGUUUAGUUUUCUGUUUUUUAGAAAGUCACAAUACAUUCCAAAUACGACAAAGAUUUUAAGAUCUGAAUGUCUCAUCUGAAAUAGUUGAACAUCCGUAAGUCAGUAUUUUAAUUGAUCCCUGUGUGUUCGUUUAUUUUAUGUACAUUAAGCUUAAGUAUUUUAUCGUAAGAAAGUUACAAUACUCUGUGUCGCUGCAAUAGAAUGCAGGCUUAUGUUUAAUUAAAUUGUGCAACAUGUGAUUAGUAUGUGCAAAAAAA